GAUAAGCGUUGAGAAGGGGGCGUGGCCUAGGCCCACCGCGAUGAUUCACGGUGGAGUCACAAAGUAACGGACUGAGACGACGAGCGGCGGCGGCCGAGCAGAGCUCAUCGUCCCGGGACAGAGAGCAUGUUGUCGCUGUGGCUGACGUGGGUUUGUUUGGUGCAGAGCUCCUCCGGCCUCCUCGCUCACGUGGAGCGGUACGAGCUGGUGCGACCUCGGAGGCUGCAGGCGAGGCAGAGGAGGAGCCUGACGGAGAACCAGCUUUACCCCGACGCGCUGCUCUACGAGUUGACCUUUGACGGGAGGAACCACAGCAUUCAUCUGGAAAAAAACAGUGACCUCAUCGGGAGAGGCUACACUGAAACACGCUACUCAGAAGACGGGACGCGAGUGACGACGUCACCGAGCGAGGACCACUGUUAUUACCACGGUCACGUCGAAGGCGACACGGACUCUUCGGUCAGCGUGGGGAUUUGUUCCGGCAUCAGCGGCUUCGUCAGAGCCCGGCAGCAGCUUUACCUGAUCGAGCCUCUGGGACGGUCUGACGAAGGAGACCACGCAGUUUACAGACACGAACACCUGAAGACCUCCUCGUCAAACACCACCGUGCUGUUCGACCGGGAACGGGACCGGGACCAGGACCGGGACCAGGACCGGGGGCCUCGCCUCGCUGGGCUCUUCAGGUCCAGACCGUGGAAAACGAGUCCUGUCACUCAGAAGUUCGUCGAGCUGUUUGUCGUCGUUGACAACACUGAGUACAAACAGUACGGAAGUGACACGAAAUCCCGAAUCUUUGGAGUUAUAAAUCACGUCGACAAGCUGUACCGGCCGCUCAACAUCCGCGUCCUGCUGGUGGGUUUGGAGAUCUGGACGCACAGGGACUUCAUUGACGUGGACAUAAAUUCGGAGACGACCCUGGACAACUUCCUCCUGUGGCGCCAGGCCGACCUCCAGCGGAUGACGAAGCACGACAACGCCCAGUUUGUGACCGGCAAAGACUUCGACGGUGACACGGUCGGUUUGGCAAACAAGUUCGCCAUGUGCGGCGAGAACUCGGGCGGAGUCAACCAGGAUCACCAUCACAACCUGAUCGGCCUCGCCGCCACCAUUGCUCACGAGAUGGGACAUAACCUCGGCUUGUCCCAUGAUGCCGCGGGCUGCGUGUGCGGUCCGUCUCGCAGCAGCGGGAACUGUGUGAUGGCAGAGAAGCUCAGGACGGGAAGCGAGGCGUUCCCGGAGUUCUUCAGCAGCUGCAGCGUGCAGCAGCUCGCCGAGUUCAUGGAGCGAGCUCAGCCCAGCUGCCUGGACAAGCCCCGCGGCGUCAGGACCAUCGCCGUGGGCCCUCGCUGUGGCAACGCCCUGCUGGACCCCGGGGAGGAGUGUGACUGUGGCACCGUGGAGGAAUGCAAGAACCUCUGUUGCGACGCCUCGACCUGUCGCCUGACGGAAGGGUCCCAGUGCGCCCACGGACAAUGCUGCGACAACUGUCAGUUCCAAUCUGCUGGAAGUGUGUGCAGGAAGUCGGCCGGCGACUGCGACCUGCCGGAAUACUGCACCGGCGAGUCGGAGGACUGCCCCGACGACGGCUUCGAGAUGAACGGCAAACCGUGCUACGACCAGUCGCAGGGCUUCUGUCACGACGGCCAGUGUCCCACGCACGAGCAGCACUGCUGGAGGCUGUUUGGACUCGGGGCCAUAGUUGGACCGGAUUUGUGUUUUGACCUGAACAGUCGCGGCGAGCAAGGUGCAAACUGCGGGAAGAACAAAUUCCACUACAUCCCCUGCGCUGCACAGAAUUUGAAGUGCGGAUCUAUAUUUUGUCAAGGAGGCGGCGAGUCCAUCACGGGUAAACGGGCAGCGUACACCGUGAGGGGGAACACAGAGUGUAAACUAGUGGUGGACGACUACAACACCCGGAACUUUGACAUGGUGCCCAAAGGAACCAGAUGUGGGCCAAAUAAGGUCUGCCUCGACCACAGAUGCAUGGACGUGUCGGUUUAUGGGAAAAGGGAGGAUUGUGCGAAGAAAUGCAGCGACAAGGGAGUGUGUAAUCACAAGAACGAGUGCCACUGUCAUCCCGGCUGGGCUCCGCCUUACUGCGACAUCCAGUACGCAGAUAUACCUCAAGGUCAGAAGGGAAUCAUAACCGGCGUGUGUGCAGCUCUCGCCGUGCUGCUGCUGGUCACCGCCGUGAUCGCAGGACUGAUGUGCUGCAAGAAGGACAACAUGGACAACUACACCUCCAAAAGGAAAGUGCAUUCCGCUCCAGACAAGUUGAACCCGAUGUACCAGGAAGCGAGUGUGAAGGAGAGGCCUCAGAUCAGCUCUCCUACUCUCAUGGAGUCCACGGCAACGCAAGCCUGCGCUCCUCUGACUGUUGCCAUGGCGCCCAGCCGAACUGCCCCACAGCCGCCAAAGAAAAUGUCUCCGGCGUCGUCCGCGCCACAAACUGAGCCGACGAAACCUCAACCACCAGCUAAACCUUUACCACCUCUGAACAAACCACAGAGUAAGGCAGCGAAACCAAAUCCUCCUCCUGUGCCCCCCGUCAAGCCCAGUCCUCCUCCUGCAGUCCGGGUCAAGCCUUGUGCGCCUCCACCUCCCCCGGCGAAGCCUCGAGACCACAGACCCACAUGAAGAUCUCAUCAGCCUGAAGUCGUUCUUAUGGAAAAGAGAGCGAUCCUUGCUGGGAUCAGCGGGAGCGGGUCACGGAGGGCAAGGAGUUUGGAAAAGUUGACUCUCUGAAGCCUUCAGAUGUUGCGUGACAGAGGCGUCACCGGCCGAGAAGUCUUUCACCACACAUGACCAACAGCUUCGACUGUGCCGCUGUGGGAAAGUGAUUUCUUCUUAUGGGGGGGGGGGGGGGGGGGGGGGGGGGGGCAGUUGUAAUUGUGUUGUGAGAGAAUUUCCUAACGUCCUUUGGUAGAAAGCGCAACCUUUAAAUUUGAUCUCUCUUGCAAAAAUGGUGCGCACAUGAAAAUGUAUAUUACAUUCAUGUAUUUUCCCCCCGCAGUAUUUCUGCUUCAUUUGAAGGUCGGUAGUCGACGGUUCAGACCUGUGGUUGUGGUUCACGCUCCACCAGGUGAGCCACCAUUUUAGAAAACGUCGUUUAUGAAUAUAAAUCUAAUGUUUGCAAAAGGGACAGUAUGAGAAUGAUCAGCGGGAGAUGGUACUGAGUUACUGAGCGGAUGCUAGCCGGCGUUCUCAGCUUGUUUGCGCUGCCCCCAAGUGGCCAAAAAGAAUAAAUUGAUUUGUGCAAGUUUUA